ACGAUAUCGAGACCAGACCAUCCUGUGAUCUCUCAAGGCUCCACUGAGGCAGUAUAUUGGCCAGUCUUCUCAUACGGCUGAAGCAGAAUAGCAUUUCCCAUGGCUCCAAAAGUUCUCUUCCAUAUUUUACCUAUAGGUCAGACCUGUAACAAAGAUGGUGAUUGAUCAUCAACUAAUAGAGUCCACGGUAUCGGCACGCCCUUCAAUAAUCAUGUUGAGUCAUCAUCCGUAGAAAUUUAGGGUCUAGAGUAUAGUUCCCGCAUCUGUCCCCAUCUAUAUAAAUAAGCUCCAAUUCUCAACACCCUGCACCCUCGUAUAAACGAGAAUGUCUCAAACCACCGAGACCAUAGCAAUUGAACUACGAGGCCAAGGACAGCCCGAGAGGUCCAACACCUCCAUCCGGCCCCUCCGCUCCAAUUCACCACCUCCAACCGACGCCGUUGAGUCUCUCCUCGCCGAUGCCACAGUCCCGGAUGGCGGCUACGGCUGGGUAAUCGUCUUUGCGUCUGCAAUCAUCUGUUUCUGGUUCGUCGGGACGUCUUACAGCUGGGGCGUUAUCCAAAAGGCGCUUGUCGAUGGCGGCCUUUCUAGUGCCUCCACAUUGAGUUUCGUGGGCGGACUGACGCCGAUGUGCAUUGCCGUUCUAGCGAUCUUCAAUGCCAGAAUCAUUCGAGCCGUUGGUGCGAGAUGGACUGCCCUUCUAGGCGUCCUGUUGCUGGGGUUGGGUGAGGUGAUGGCGGGCUUUGCUGUGAAGAAUGUUGCAGCCCUUUUCGGGACUAUUGGAGUUAUAUCAGGGGUUGGGACCAGCCUCUGCUUCAUCGUCGUCUCCACCACCCCAACCCAAUACUUUGCCCGCCGCCGCGGCCUCGCCAACGGCAUCGUCUACGCCGGCGGCGGCAUCGGCGGCGCCGCCACCUCUCUCGCCAUGGAGAAGCUCAUCCAAGGCACCUCCCUCGCCUGGACGUUCCGCAUCAUCGGCCUCCUGACCCUCGCCACGGGCUUACCCGCCGCCUACCUCCUCAAAGAGCGCGCACCUACCCGCCGUAAGACGUUCAUCGAAUGGAAGCUCUUCCGCGACCUGAAGUUCUGCCUCCUCUUCGCCGCGGGCGCGAUCGCCACGUUCCCGCUCUUUGUCCCACCGUUCUUCUUGCCGCUGUAUGCGCAUUCAAUAGGGCUGUCGGCGUCGGCCGGCGCGGCCUUGGUGGCGGGGUUCAACCUCUCCUCUGCGUUUGGCAGGAUUGGUUUGGGGUUGUUGUGCGAUCUCAUCGGCCCCUUGCAUGCCCUUCUCCUCAGCCUCCUCCUCAGCGGGUUUAGUAUGCUGGCAAUUUGGCCGCUGAGCAGGGAGCUCGGGCCGUUGAUUCUUUUUGUGGUUAUCAAUGGCGCGGCGAACGGGGGGUUCUUCGCUACAAUGCCGACGGUGGUGGGGAGUUUGUUCGGGAGCACGCGGGUGGCGGUUGCAAUGGGGAUGGUCGUGACGGGGUGGGCUGGAGGCUAUUUGCUCGGCGGGCCGAUCGCUGGAUACAUUCUGAGCGCAUUCGGAGGCGCAGAGGCAGGCUUUAAGGCGUAUAGACCAGCGAUGUAUUACGCAGGAAGCAUGUCUUUAGCCGCAGCAGGGCUAGUCGGGGUGUUGCGAUGGAAGACGGAUAGAAAGUGGAAAAAGAAGGUAUGAAAAUGACGAAGUGGCGGAGAAAUCACGGGACUGCAGCUCUGCGUUUCUUGUGAUAUUAAAUCUUAGGGUCCAAUCCUCGAUUACACCUUAC